CAAAAAUUUCUCGAAGUGGUAGAAGCAUUAUACGACCUGAAAAAGUUAUAACUACAAGCGAUGACGAGGCUCCCCCUAAGAAAUCAAAAACUGCAGAAGCAACAACAUUGAAAAUAGAACUUUUGAGAAAUAAGCUAGCAGAAAUUGAAAGACAACGACUCGAGAAAUCUAAAGAGAAUACUUUAAAUAUAAAGUCCAACGCUACUUAUGGAACCGCAAGUGACAGUUCGGUAAGCUUAGUAACUACAGGUAAUUCUCAAUCGCCAAAGCCAGGGACAUCAACAUCAUCUGGAGGGACAAAGGAUAGUUCAAAAACAAAGCCGGUCACUGUCACUCUUUCAAAUGCAGAAAAGUCAGGAAAAUUUGCGUUAAAGGAAAAAAGGUCAAAAAGAUCAAAAUCAGCAGAAGAACUGAAGGAAAGUUCACAGUAAAGAACAAAGCCGGACAUUUUCACUGCUUAUAAAUUGGUAAAGUCUGGAAACACAGACUUAACAGCAAGACGAUCAGAAAGAUCAGCAUCAGCUGGAGAAUGAAUGGAAGUUUACAAGAUGUUACAGUAUUCAAUAAACAUAAUCCAUCUACUCCUUUAGGAGGAGAAGUAAUGUUUGACAAUUUAACUGGGUUUCCGGCUGCUCACACGGAUGCAUUGUUUAGAAAAAGCGUACUCACAGAUUUGAACACAUUAAAGGAGCAGAACAAGACUCUUAUAAGGCAAAAUGAAAAAAUUUCCGAACAACAAGAAAAUAUUCUCCUGGAAUUAUCAAAACAGAAAAAAUCGGAAGAUAAAGAACUUUCGCAUAAACUAUUUCGACCUCCCGACGGCUUUCCGUUACAAACCGUAGCAGAGUUUAUGACUCUAGAAUCGGGAGAUAAAGCAGAGCGCACAAAACUCCGCAAUUACUUGCUAAGUCUUGGAGGUGUGUCCAUAAGACAUUUUUUAUCUGCAUCGUUGAGACAGGUUAUGACAGACAAAUUAGUUUGUCAAUUCACUUGGCCUGGGGGAGCAGAGUCUGUUGAAUUUGGCAACACUAAAGUUGCAAAUGUUUUAUAUUCGGCUGCACAAAAAUGUUCGAAUUUCGAAGGUCCAAAGGACAAAAAUACAUUUAAGACGCAUAUGUUGGAGGUUUUGCGAAAUACAAAACAGCGAUAUCGUAACUCGAAAAAAUAUUUGUUGAAUGAAAACAAUUUGGACGAAAACGAAUUGAGAAAAGAAUUGGAAAAAUUAGAAACUAUUGAAAAAAACAAUAUAAAAUCAAGCAGUGAUGAAAGUGAUGGUUCUGAAAAUUACGAGGACAGUCAAGAAGAGGCGGAUGACGAAUCAUAGUUUGUAAUGUUUUUAUUUUCAAAAUCUUUUAAAAGUUAUGAAUCACUUAUUAUUAUUCUAAUGUUUUAACUACGAUAAAUCAUAGUUUCUAUUUUCGAAAAUCUUUGUAAAAGUAUGUAGGUGGAUUAUUUAUUAUUAAUCUAAAAAUCUUUG